CCCCACUACGUAAGCAACCAAUGAUCUACUCCACAUUUAUAUAUCUAGAACGCCCCCUACAAAUCCCAACUUAUACCCGACCAACCUCCCAUUCUGCCCCAAGAUACACCAAAUUGCGCCACAAAAAUGCUCGCUUUAACCUCCGCAACCGGCAAACUCGGCUCCGCCGUCAUCUCCUCCCUCCUCUCAGACUUCAACAGCAUCAUCCCUCCCUCUGACCUGGUGAUAUGCACGUCCUCGGACCCCCUAUCCCCUCAAUUCGCCCCCCUCGCCGCAAAAGGCGCCACAAUCCGCCCCAUGACCUACGACUCCCCCGCCAGCAUGGUGUCCGCCUUCGCCGGCUGCACCGCCCUCUUCCUCGUCUCCUCCCCGCGCAUCUCCAUGGACUUCAACGCGGCGCCCCCAGGCCAGGGCCGCGAAGCCCACCACAUGGCCGCCAUUGACGCCGCGCGCAAAGCCGGCGUGCAGCACAUUUACUACAGCAGUCUAGCAUUUGGGUUCAAGGCGGGAACGCCCAUGGACACGUCCCUCGCCAGCGUCAUGACGGCCCACCUGCGCACCGAAGCCUACCUCGCCUCGCUAACGGACAUCAGCUACACGAGCGUCCGCGAGGGCCUGUACAGUGAGUCCUGGCCGCUCUACCUCGGGUACUACGAGCCCGAGCACGACGACAGGGCUGAGAUUGUCGUGGCGGGCGACGGGAAGAUUAGCUGGACGAGCAUCGCGGAUAUGGCGUUCUGCACGGCGGCGAUUUUGGCGGCGCCGAGGGAGGAGUGGGCGGGGAGGAUGUGCUAUCUGUCACAGCGCAGGGCGUUGACGCUGGAGGAGGUUGCGGGGGUGGUGGGGAGCGUGAAGGGGAGGAAGAUAGGGUUGAAGGUGGUGGGGAGGGGGGAGUAUGAGCGGUAUUAUGUGGAGGAGCGGGGACGGGAGGGGGACGCGGUGAGGUGGUGGAGUAGCACGUAUGCGGCGUUGGAGGCGGGGGAGUGUGAGGUUGAGCAGCCGUUGUUGGAGGAUAUGUUGAGGGAGGCCGGGAAGGUGCCGAAGAGGCUGGAGGAGACUAUUAAAGAGAUGCUUGCUUGAUUGGAGUUCAUGGGGCUUUUUUGGGAAAGGUCGGUGUUUGACGGUUGAGGUAGCGAGUAUACUGCAAGACAAAUAUAUUCCUGAUCUUUGUUGUUUGUGUUGGAGAUUGAUGCCGUCGCCCUUUACAUCUUUUUCCAGUCAUUAGCAUUCUCCCACGCGUACGCAACCUUCAG